AUGCGUCUCACACAGACUCUCGUUGCAGCCAUUCUGGCGACUGCAGUGACUGCAGCCCCUGUUGCUUCUCAAGGCAAGAGAAACCCUAUGUACGAGUCUCCGGACCUCAACUAUGUCGCGACUGAGAAGAGGAACCCUAUGUACGAAUCUCCGGACCUCAACUACGUUGCAACCGACAAGAAGAGGAUGUAUGACUCGCCAGACCUUGACUACAUUGCUAGCGAGAAGAGGGAGGCCUUAGCUUCAGGGGCUGUUAUUGAGGCAUGA